UUCUCUAAAAGUAUAUUUAUUUAUAAUAUUUAAAAACGUUUUGUAAUUCUCUUAUCUCCCAGUUCUCUCUUUCGAAUCAUUCACAUGGAAGAAGUGAAGAGAUAAAAAAAUCUUUUGUUUUUCAGUAAAAAAAAAAUCUGUUUCAAAUCGAAUUAGAUUUUGAGUUGUUGGUUAAGCUUUCUUGAUUUUAGCAAAUCUAGUAGAGUUGAGCUCCUCAUAUGAGAAGCGUUUCAACAAAAAGUCUGUACCAGAAUCUGCUUAAGCUUUAUCGUUGCUCUACACCCCCGCUACCAUCGUGGUUUGCUCUUCUCCUCUUCUCUGUUAUGGCUUCAAAGACUGACGAUGAGUUAUCUUCGUCAAAAGACGAUGGGUUGUCUUCAUCGAUUUCAAAAGAUGCAUCGCUUCAGAUUACACCUUCAGUGGCUUCGCCUCCAGUGGCUCUGACUCCGGACGUUCUGUCCCCGACGCAGGAUCUCCGAACUCAAGCGUCGGAAUCUCUUGAGGCCUCUGAAUCUCUGUUACCUCUCGGUGCUGAAAACUGUGCUGGAACUCUUGCUGGACCUCCUGAAAAGAAUAACAUGAAAGUGGUGCUCCAGAAUCACAGCUCCAUGGAAGUGGUGCUGAACACUGUGCUGGAACUCUUGUCGGACCUCCUGCCAUGGAUAACAUGGUCUCUGCUCCGACAACUCAGCUCUUCCAUGGAAGAGAUACUGAAAUCUCUACUCUGCCCCAUGGAACUCUUGGAACAGAUCCUACGAUGGCAUCACCAGCAAUUGAAGCGAGUAAGCAAGCUCUUCCUCAAGCAAAUGCUCUUUCGGAACCUAUCCAAGGCGCCUCUCCUUCUCAGUUUGUGCCUUCCUUAGGUUCAUGGGCUAAACCACUCUUCUUCAAACCUCCUGUUACUCCUCCUGACCCGAGUACUCCCAAAGGAUAUGAUCCGGUGAUUGUGGGGAACCAACUUGCUGCUCUGUGGCCAUCCCUCAAUGAUGAGAUCCUGAACAAGCAACCGAAAAGAUUGAGUCCACAAUCACGUAAUCUAUUAUGGAACACCAGAGAUAUCUAUUCCUUCUAAAGUCCUUAGACUAGGACCUGAGAACAAGGAUGAAUAUGUCAUAGGCAAAUUUAAUAAGUGUUCCCUACCUCCGGGUGGACUUGUCCAUGCCGUAGUUAAUAAGAUUUGGGGAAGGAGUUGUAAGAUUUCUUGUAAGAAGCUUGAUGAUUCAUCUUAUAUGUUUCAUAUCCCUCAUCAACCUACUCGUCACUGGAUUAUUCAGAGAGGCGUUUGGCACAUUGAUGAUUGCUUGCUUUUUGUGUUACCGUGGACUCCAGAGGGCACUUUCAAAAUCCUAGAAGUAUCAACACUUCCGGUAUGGGUCAAUCUGAAAAAUGUUCUAGACUGCUGUUACUCCAGAUUAGGCAUAAGUCAUGUCGCUUCAGGUCUUGGAGAGCCUAUUUUAACUCACAAACCUCGUCUGGAUCCUACCAGUAUGGGUGAAGCAAAGGUAUUAGUUGAGAUGAAACUUGAUAAAGACUUUCCGAAGCUAAUAGCUCUUGAUGAUAAGCAGGAUAGUAUUUAUCUAGUAAAUGUUGAGUAUACUUGGAUUCCUUCUACUUGUGAAAGAUGUGGUAGUUUAGGCCACAACGCAAAAAUAUGUCUUUUGCCUCGUAAGCUUCCAGAGGAUUCAAAAUUCGUUGGCUAAAUCAGUGGGUGUUAAUGAUGACAUACCUGUUGUUAAUAUUGAUCUUAUCCUACAACAAGAAGACAAUGUUGUGUCUUCUUCAUCUCAAGUAAGUCUUCCUGCUGCUUCUUUAACAUGUGGAGUUCUAAAUAUUCAGAACCAGUUCAAAGACUUGGAUGUUCUUCCUGCUGCUUCUGUCUCGGAAGUUACCAUCACCACAAAAGAUGUUUCACGCUCGCAUUCUGGUUUGGAAACUGAAACACAAUCUUUAUAUGUCUCUUCUAACACUUCUAUGGACUGCCAAGAUACACAGGUUGCAGGGUACAAAACUAUCUCCUCUUCUUCACAAAUUCAAGAGGAAAAUCAAAUUGCAUUGCCAAGCUUGCCCAAGAUAUUUUCCCCAUUAGUAGAUUCUCAAUCUGCUCCCACUUCAACACAUAUUAUGGAUUCUUGUCCAUCAAAGAUUAUCAGCAGUGAGGACCACAAAUUCUCAGUUGUUGAUCUCUUAACCACAACACUUCUAGCAAGUGCAUUUGAGAGUCCUUCUCGCUCUUGGUUUGACAAGGGGUGGGAGGGAGACAAAACCUCCUAUCAAAUAUCAAGAUUUGGAAUGGAAGACACCACAUGGGAGAGGAAAACAUGGUCGACGUGGUUGUAGAUCCAAUCACUAGUUCGUUCACCCAUUUCAUUGUUGCUUAAACUCGUUUCUACCUUAGUUUCAUAGCUAGGUUUGAGACAGUGUUUUUAAAACCGGACCGGCAGCUGAACCGGAAAUAUUUUGGGUCACAGUUCAAUAUGGUUCGACCGGGUCAAACUUGGUUCAAUAAUAUGGUUUAAUAUUU